AAGUUUCAGCUCAGCUUAUAGUAACACUCGGAGCAUCCUGCACUGUUGCCUUACUGUGGCCAUGCCAGCCCUUGUUGUUCUUGUGGGACUGUUGCUGCAUUUGGGUGGAGCUUGCCCAGCAGGAUAUGGAAAGCCAGUGAAAGGGAGUCCGUGCAUGAUUUGCCCCGAGGGCACCUGGAGCGCGAAAGGAACAGAACUUUGUAAAAGAUGCGCCGCUGGCACAUGGAGUGACGAGCGGGGGCGAAGCAGCAAAGAGAGCUGCAUCCACUGCCCUGCGGGGACGUGGAGUAGCCAAGUGGGCGCCAUCUCUCCUGAGGCCUGCCAGAAGUGCCCAGCGGGAUACUGGAGCAACAGGACUGGCAUCGGCGCGAUCGACAAGUGCACCCGAUGCCCCGCCGGUACUUGGAGCUCUGCCAAGGGCGCUGGCAGUGAGUCCGCAUGCGUGAAAUGUGCAAAGGGCAAAUGGAGUCCACACGUCGCAGCCGUAUCGGAGGAGGCGUGCGUGAGUUGCGAUGCUGGCCGCUACAAUCCCGAGGAGGGGGCAGGUCUACCAUCCCACUGCCGACCAUGCCCCGCGGGCACUUGGAGUGAUGCUAUCUCUGCUCGCAGCAGUGAGGUGUGCCAACCUUGUCCUGCUGGCAGCUUCAGCCCCGGCUUGGGAGCCUUCUCGCAGAAAGCCUGCGCCAAGUGUUCAGCUGGAACCUGGAGCGACACCAUUGGAGCCUCCAGCCACAAGAGUUGCCAGACCUGCCCCAUCGGCAGCUACAGCGAUGUCCCAGGUGCCAACUCCUCCAAGACCUGCGCGGCGUGCAGGAAGGGCACAUAUCAACCCAUCCGGGGAGCUGCAGAAGAGGCACUGUGUAUUCCUUGCGCGGUGGGGAACUACAGCAACAAGAUCGGCCAGGCGGCCUGUCACUACUGCCCCAAAGGUUCAUAUGGCGACGGCUUUGGGUUGACAUCCUGCAGGGCAUGCCCUGAAGGUACCUCCACGUAUCAGCACGGUGCCAUUCGUGCAGAAUUAUGUUUGGCGAUGCCUUCUGAGUCCACGGUGUUUCCCUGAGGUUCCCGCGUUUUCUCGCUUCCGAAGUCCUCCAUGUUUCAUC